AUGGCACCACCCAAAAGAUCCCCCGCCGAUUCCUCAACAACAGCUGCCGCCAACAACUUCUUCACGCGCGGAAAGAAGCCCACGACCACUCAACGUAUCGUGACUGCCAAAAAGACCGCAGUCUCCGCCCCCGCUGUCGUCAAGAGAGUUCACCACCACAGCGACGAGGACGAGGAAGACGAGGUGUCGGACGAGAUUGAGCACGCGGAUACGGAUGAAGACGAGGACGUACAACUCCACACCUCUCCUCCUCCUCCUUUCCAGCGGCUCGAUGAGGAUGAGGAAGACCGAGUGGUGGAUGAGAAUGAUUCCUUGAAUGAGGAAAUCGAGCAGUCUGGCGAAGACUCUGACACCGUCAUGGCCACCACCACCACCACCACCACCACCACCACAGGAAGAACAGGAGGAAAGGUUGGAACAGGAGCGAAAAAGAAAACAGUACUGGACCCUAUUACAAGACCCGCUGUCGCAAAAGUCUCCAAACCCACACUCCCUACUCGCAGCAGCAGUGCUGGAGGCAAGAAUAAGGAGCCGUAUGUUGCUCCCAACGUCGGAGAUAUCCACAGCGGCUUCCAUCAGGCAGAACUUCCGGACUCUGAAAAGAUGCUCCGCCAGUUCGACUUGACCAGCAAGUAUGGCCCCUGCACAGAUAUGACGCGUCUGGAACGCUGGGAACGUGCCUUCACCCUCGGACUCCAUCCCCCACAACAUGUCAAGGAUACUUUGCUUCAGUAUUCAAGUCUGAACACGCCACUGUUUGAAGGACGCGUUUAA